UUAAGAAAUAAACAACAACAACUAUUUCUGAAAAAUCUUAAUACACAUUCAAAUAUGUUUAAAUUUGUAAUUGUAACUUUGGCUUUGAUUGCUAAUGCUGCAGCUGCUCCCGGUUAUUUGGGAUUAGAUGGACAUGCUGGUUUUGCUGCGCCAUCGUUCUCUUAUGCAGCUCCGGCCGUAGCUAAAGUUGCAUAUGCUGCUCCCGCUGUUUCUUAUGCUGCUCCGGCAGUUUCUUACGCUGCACCAGCCGUCGCCAAAGUAGCUUAUUCAGCUCCGGCCGUCUCUUAUGCUCCAGCUGUAUCUUAUGCCGCUCCGGCAGUGGCUAAAGUCGCGUACGCUGCACCCGCGGUUUCUUACGCCGCCCCAGCAGUUACUAAAUUAGCUUAUUCAGCUCCAGCCGUUUCUUAUGCUGCUCCAGCUGUUUCUUAUGCUGCUCCAGCCGUGGCCAAAGUAGCCUAUUCCGCACCAGCUGUAUCUUAUGCUGCCGCUCCAGCUUAUUCUCUUCAUGCUGCUCCUGCCGUAGCUAAAUAUGCUGCCGCUCCCGCCUUAAGCCUUGGCCAUCCAUGCAAAAUCAAACACCUACCUAACCACAUAAAGGAUUACAAGUGCUGUACGCGUGUAAUAGUUAUUUUCGCUUUGAUUGCUGGCGCUUUCGCUGCACCAGGCUAUUUGGGAGGUCAUGGAUAUGCUGCAGCUCCAGCUGUGUCUUAUGUCUCUGCACCAGCUGUUGCUAAAGUAGCCUAUUCAGCCCCAGCUGUCUCGUAUCAUGCUGCUCCGGCUGUUUCUUACGUCGCUGCUCCAGCUGUAGCUAAAGUUGCUUAUGCUGCUCCCGCUGUUUCUUACGCUGCUGCUCCUGCUGUUUCUUAUGCUCCUGCCAAAUUCGCCGCCGCUCCCGCUUUAGGUUUUGGUCAUCCUUGUGUUUCUGCUGCUCCUGGUUUCUUGGGAGGAGGUGGAGGUGGCUAUUAUGGCGGCGGUGGUCAUGGGGGCUAUUAUGGUGGCGGCGGUCAUGGCGGCUACGUUGCUGCUGCUCCCGCUGUUUCUUAUGUAGCAGCGGCUCCAGCUGUAGCUAAGGUUGCCUAUGCUGCACCUGCCGUCUCCUAUGCUCCCGCAGUAUCUUAUGUGGCUGCUGCACCAGCGGUUGCUAAAGUAGCUGCAGCACCGGCUGUAUCCUAUGUAGCCGCAGCUCCUGCAAAAGUUGCGGUUGCUGCCGCUCCUGCUAUUUCUUAUGCGCCCGCUAUUUCUUAUGCUCCCCAAGUUUCGUAUGUUGCGGCUCCUGCUGUUGCUAAAGUCGCAUACGCAGCCCCAGCUGUUUCUUACGCUCCCUCGGUGUCUUAUGUAGCCGCUGCACCUGCUGUUGCCAAAGUUGCUGUUGCUGCUGCCCCCGCUAUCAGUUAUAGUAUCGGUGGUUAUGGUGGAGGUCACGGUUACAGUGGCGGCUACGGUUAUAGCGGCGGCUACGGUUAUAGCAGCGGUCACGAUGAGCCAAUAGAACAUCAUGUGUGCGUUGGUGCAUUGGUGAAAGCAAUCGACGAAAUUGCGGGAAAACUAGUUAGCUAUAGCUUACGAAGACGGGGGGACGUGGUCAAUCCGGCAAAAUACUCUCAAGAGCUUCACAUUGUUCUUAGUUUGGCUUUAAUUGUGAGCGUCGCAGCUGAUCCUGGAUAUUUGGGCGGCGGUGGCGGCUAUUACGGUGGUGGCGGUUACGGCGGUGGACAUGGCGGCGGUUUUGGUGGCGGUGGCUAUUCCGCUAUAUCCUAUGCGGCUCCUGUUGUAGCUAAAGUCGCUUACGCAGCUCCAGCUGUGCAUUACUCCGCUGUACCGGUAGCUAAAGUUGCUGUCGCAGCUCCUGUCUAUUCGUACGGUGGCGGCGGUGGCUUUGGCAAAUUCGGUGGCGGCGGCUAUGGCGGUUAUGGCGGUCACGGUUGGGGCAAAUAA